GUAUAGUAUUAUUCAUUUCCUCAUAUUGGCUUCUUCAACCUAUAAAAACUAAAAUCUUUUUAUUUCUCUACGCAGCUUCCUUUUAUUCACAAAAAAUAAACUCUUAAUUCUCUCUGCUUCAUUCAGCUCUGUGCUUCCUUUUUAUCGAUCUUCUUCAGGUGAAGUUGCAGGAGUUGUGGAGCGAGAAAUGGCUUCAAGUGCAUAUGAGGAGGCAGGCACAGCAAGGUCUUCGGAGGGAGUGUCAAGUGGGCAGCAGCAAUGCCAAAAUAGUGAAGCAUUGGCGGAAUGGAGGUCAUCCGAGCAGGUAGAAAAUGGAACUCCAUCAACUUCGCCUCCUUACUGGGAUUGUGAUGACGAUGAUGAUGGUGGCCCUAAACCUUCUGAGCUAUAUGGGAAAUAUACGUGGAAGAUUGAUAAGUUUUCACAAAUUAACAAGAGAGAACUUCGGAGUAACGCAUUUGAUGUUGGUGGCUACAAAUGGUACAUUUUGAUAUAUCCUCAAGGAUGUGAUGUUUGCAACCAUCUCUCUUUGUUUCUUUGUGUGGCUAAUCAUGACAAGCUCCUUCCAGGUUGGAGUCAUUUUGCUCAAUUCACUAUAGCUGUGGUGAACAAAGACCCGAAGAAGUCCAAGUAUUCAGAUACAUUACAUCGUUUCUGGAAGAAAGAGCAUGAUUGGGGGUGGAAAAAAUUUAUGGAGCUGUCGAAAGUUUUAGAUGGUUUUGUCGAUGCUGAUACCCUCAUAAUUAAAGCUCAAGUUCAAGUAAUCAGGGAGAAAGUAGAACGUCCCUUCCGUUGCCUUGACCGUCAAUAUAGACGGGAGCUUGUUAGGGUAUAUUUGACUAAUGUGGAACAAAUUUGUCGCCGUUUCGUGGAAGAGCGACGAGUAAAGCUUGGGAAGUUGAUAGAGGAUAGAGCGCGGUGGUCAAGCUUCUGUGCUUUUUGGCUCGGCAUGGACCAAAAUUAUAGAUGCCGCAUGUCCGAGGAGAGAUCAGAUUCAAUUUUGAAAGUGGUUGUCAAGAACUUUUUCAUAGAGAAGGAGGUUACUUCUACUCUUGUCAUGGACUCCUUGUACAGCGGGCUUAAGUCUCUUGAAGGCCAGAUGAUGGGCAAGAAAGGUAAGGCAAAAUACUCGGAUGCAGUAGAACAACUGGUUCCUAUUGUCCGUUUGGAGAAAAACAUGUUUGUAUUGGUGGAUGAUGUAUUGCUAUUGCUUGAGAGUGCUGCAUUGGAGCCAUUGCCUCCAAAGGAUGAGAAAGGCCCUCAAAACCGGACAAAGGAUGGCACUUCUGGAGAUGAGUUUAACAAAGAUUCAAUUGAGCGUGAUGAGAGGCGUUUAACUGAAUUAGGUCGUCGAACCAUUGAGAUAUUUGUUCUUGCACAGAUUUUUAGUAAAAUAGAGGUUGCAUAUCAGGAGGCAGUUGCUUUAAAGAGGCAAGAAGAGCUCAUCCGUGAAGAGGAAGCUGCUACUGAAACUGAGCAGAAAGCUAAACGAGCACCUGGAAAGGAAAAAAAGUCCAAGAAAAAGCAGGCUAAACAGAAGCGGAAUAAUCAAAAAAUAAAGGAUAAGGUUAUUGAUGAAAAAUCUGCUGCGGCGGAGCUAUAUAAGACUGAUCAGGAUGGACCUAUUUGUGAUGGAACGUACAUGAAUGAGGAGCCAGAAGUGGUGCAUGAAAGACCAGAUGUACUGGAAGCAGUAUCGGAUGUUUCUGAUUCAAUAGAUUGUGUCCCAGAGGUAAUUAAUCCCGACUCUGAUGACAGAGAUGCAAGUCCUGUCAAUUGGGAUACUGACAGCUCGGAAGUUCAUCCUUCCACGGAAACUAGCUGCAGUGGGUUAAGUGACCUUUCAGCAGUGCAAAAUGGGUUAGCAGGAAGGAGAAGUCCUUCUGUAAUGGAUGAUAGUUCAUCGACAUGUUCCACGGACUCAAUUCCUUCAGUGGUUUUGAAUGGGCCUUGGACGCCUUCGAACCAUAAAAAGCAGAAAUCACCCAGCAGAGGGGAAAACCAAAGAAACAAAUCAAGUUGUAAAGCAGCCGAUUGGGAUAGUGAAACACUAAGUCAGCCAUUGGAUGCUGUUUCGGAUGUAGGGCAAAGUGAUACGAGUUGCAGGGCGCCUGGAUCUGAGUCUCAGUCUACUGUGCUUUUGUCGAGUGAGCAGCGAGACGUGAAGAAGGAAGUAGUAGCUUCGCCACAGAGGAAGCCGAGGAAGGCUGAGACAGAGAGACCUUCCAAGGAGAAGUCAAGUGUCCAGUCUUCUCUCAAAAGCCCUACAAAAGAUGCAGCCUCUGCUGUUCAGCAAAAGUCACAGACGAAGACCCCCGUCACGAGAGAUCCUAUUUUGGUCAAAAAAUCUUCUUCAGAUGGUCCCAAGCUUUCUGAUAAACCAGCUCAGGUGGCUAAUUCAUCUGAAACUGCUGUCAUGUUGAAGGCUGAUCCUCAUAAAACUGUAGAGCCAAGGGUCAAGGAUAAGCCCUUGGUGCAGGCUGCUUGUGUUACAGCUGGGAAAGCCCCGUCUCAACAUGUAACAGUCCCUGCUACAACAGAAAAUUUCAAAUGGCAACAAGUGCCUGUCAUGUCCAGACCUUUGAGUGAUCCUUUAGUUUCUGGACCUAGGCCUGCUGCCCCGCCUGCCCCUGUUGUUUCUAUGGUUCAGACAAUGCCAUCACUGGCUCGUUCAGUGAGUGCAGCUGGUCGAUUGGGUCCUGACCCUUCACCGGCAACUCACAGUUAUCUCACUCAGUCGUAUCGGAACGCAAUUAUGGGUAGUCCUGUUUCUGGAACUCCACCUAGUUUUGGUCAACCUCAUUCUCCAAUUUCAGCAGUUAACUCAUCAUACUCUCAACAGCCUCCUGUUUCUGGAAGUCCGGCUAGUCUUGGUCAACCUCUUUCUCCAAUUUCAGCGGUUAACUCAUCACAUUCAUACUCUCAACAACCUCCAGUGGUUUCUGCGGCGUUAUUUUUACCACAGGGCUUGGAAAGAACAGAACCUAGUUCUGUCAGACCAAGCUUUUCAUAUGGAAUGGUGAAUAAUGGCAGCUUGCAGAAUGGACUGCAAUGGGACAACAACAGGAGUUUGUCGCAAGAUCAUCCUUCUGCAUCAAAUGGAAUGGUGAAUAAUGGCAGCUUGCAGAAUGGACUGCAAUGGGACAACAACAGGAGUAUGUCGCAAGACCAUCCUUCUGCAUCAAAUGGAAUGGUGAAUAAUGGCGUCUUGCAGAAUGGACCGCAAUGGGACAACAACAGGAGUAUGUCGCAAGACCAUCCUUCUGCAUCAAAUGGAAUGGUGAAUAAUUGCGUCUUGCAGAAUGGACCGCAAUGGGACAACAACAGGAGUAUGUCGCAAGACCAUACUUCUGCAUCAAAUGGAAUGGUGAAUAAUGGCGUCUUGCAGAAUGGACCGCAAUGGGACAACAACAGGAGUAUGUCGCAAGAUCAUCCUUCUGCAUCAAAUGGAAAUAGGAACUUUGACAUGUUCAAAGCUGUAAACAGCAGAACACAUGAUCACCUUCCUGAUUCUCUGGCAUGCGCGUCAGGACGAGGGCCCCAGAGUGUAGCAGCUGCUGAUGAAUUUCCUCAUCUUGAUAUAAUUAACGACUUACUGAACGAUGAUCAUGGGAUUGGAAGGGCUUCUUCUAUACCCGACUUAGGCUUUCAAAGUUUUAGCAGUGGGUUGCAGCAUCUGAAUCAUGGGUUUGCUUUCCCAGGCGAUAUCGGCACGCCAGUUGAUCUAGGUCCCUCAUCGAGCUCGUGUAGGUUUGAACGAUCACGAAGUUAUCAUGACGUGUUCCAGCAUAACUACUCUGGAGGCCUUUAUGAUAGUGCUAGUGAUAUGAUUAUGCAGCAGCCCGAUCCGCGACUUAUGAACGGGCAUCAUAUCGAUGGGUUAGUUCCUAACCAGUGGCAAAUGAUGGGUUCCGAUCCCUCAUUUCUUGGAAUGAGGAAUGGGGCCAUUGAUGGUAGUCACCCGUAUCCCGUCCCAGACUAUUCGAACUUGGCGUGUGGUGUAAAUGGGUAUGGAGUAUAUAGGCCUUCAAAUGGCCUUUGAGAGCUUCUAUGGUGGAGCCUAGUCUUGAUUAUUUUCCCUGUCUUCCUUUGUAAUAAUGCAUUUGAGAGGAGUCUUUUGGUCUUUAAAGGAAACAUUUUGUAUAGAGUGGUUCUGCUUUGUUUCGAAUUUUUAACUUUAAAAAAACAUGGCUUUGCUAUUGCUCCAGACUGGUAUUUGAAGUUUGGCUUUUUCUUA